AUGCCCUGCACGGCUGUGGGAGAGAGCCUAGAGAUCCAGGAGGGAGUCAUCAGGACCUUGGAUGCCAUUGACAACAUGUUGCUUCUGCUGCUGCUGUCACUGCUUCUUCUGGACUUGGACGUCCUGCUGGCUGCUCCUGCCAAUAGAGAAGUCUACAGGAUGCCUCACAGUGCGCUCAGAGCUUUAUCUGAUCGCGGGACAGUGGUGUUAGAAGCUGCCAUGACAAGUGCUUUGUCUGCCCUGGAACGAGCAUCUUCUGAGAAGAGUCGGGCUGAAGCUGGCUGCAGGGGCUGUGUUCCCUGCCUGUUUCAGGACUGUGGGCAGUCACUAUCAUGCGCACCCCCAGGAAAUGCUCUAACUGAGCCAAGCUGUGAGGUGAUCAGUAAAGCGCAGAAGCUGACUGAUGAGGCCGAACGCAGCUGGGCCUUGAGUCAGGCCUGUGUGUUCUACCAGCACCGCUGCCAGCCCCUGGAGCUGGACAAGGAGAGCUGCAUCCGAAUCAUGGGAGAGAGCUGCAGCGCACGAGUACUGCAGUGUAGUCUGCUCAACACCAUGCACAACCUGGAGCCCACUACCCACACCCGCACACAAGCAGUGUGUGGGCAGAGGUCUUCUUCAGUGCCAAACGUCACUAUGCCACGGUCAAGGAUUGUAGGGGGCUCCCCUGCGACCCCAGGCAGCUGGCCUUGGCUGGUCAAUCUGCAGCAUGGAGGCCUUAUGUGUGGAGGGGUAUUAGUGGACAGCUCCUGGGUCGUCACUGCCGCUCACUGCUUCUCUGGGAGCCGUGGUGAAAGCUAUUGGACGGCUGUAGUGGGGGAGUUUGACAUAACCAAAGCUGAUCCCGAUGAACAGGUCCUCAAGGUUAACCGGAUAAUUCCACAUCCUAAGUUUAAUCCAAAAACAUUUAACAACGACAUAGCGUUGGUAGAGCUCACAGCUCCAGUUGUCAUAUCUGAUCAUGUGACGCCUGUGUGCCUUCCUGGUGGGUCUGAUCCCCCUACUGGUAGCCCCUGUCUGGUGGCUGGCUGGGGGUCUCUCUAUGAAGACGGCCCAUCUGCUGAUGUGGUGAUGGAGGCAAAGGUUCCAUUGCUGCCUCAGAGCACAUGCAAGAGCACUCUGGGCAAAGACCUGCUGACCAACACCAUGCUCUGUGCUGGAUACCUCUCUGGAGGCAUUGACUCCUGUCAGGGGGACUCUGGAGGACCAUUGAUCUACCAGGACAGAAUGUCUGGGCGGUUUCAGCUCUAUGGCAUCACCUCCUGGGGAGACGGCUGUGGGGUAAAGGGGAAGCCGGGUGUCUAUACACGUGUAUCUGCUUUCUCUGACUGGAUUCAGUCUGAGAUACAAAAGUCGUUUGGAAGCCGAGAACCAACAUGCCCAGAGCUUCUUAAAACCACAGAGAUGACAGAAGAGGAGCAGAGGGCAGAGUUCAGCUCACUGUGUCGCUUUUACCUUUUAUCUUGUCCACCUGGAGUGUCAACUAGUACCUGCAGCCAGUCAGUUCAAGACAAGUGCCUCACACGCUUUAAGAAAUGUCAGCUGCAUUCUUUUCUUCAGACUUUAUUGGAGUUGCUACAGAGAGCUGAAGAUUACAUUAGAGAAAAGGUGGAUUUAACAUUUUUUACUCAGACUCUGCCUCAGCUUGUGGAGCACAUCUACAACACAGCAUUCGCUCACACCCGAGAGAAGAGGGACAUGACCCAUGGACUUGGAUCUAUAGCAGAGCUGCUGGGUAAAGUUGUGGAAUCAGAAGACCCAGAAAUACCACAUUAUUUCAGGCAGAUGGGCCCAUCAGUAGAUGACUGGCAGUUGUAUCUGCAGAGCUUGUCUGACAGUCAACAGAGUGAGACAACAUCAGGAAUGCAGAAGCAGGAAAAACUCCUCUUUCUAAAGAAAGAAGCCAUGUUGGUACACAAUCUUGCAGGAGAGUAUGAGUCGGUCAUCUAUUCCCUGCGCUCCAAGUUGGAUUCUAGGUCUCUGCCCCCAGUCUUAAAUUUGGGCUCAAGUCCCCUGAUAGAAUUCGCUGAUGAGUCUCCCAGUUCGGUCAGCAACACACCGGAGAGCAGCAUCCCCUCCCUGCACAAUCAAGAGCCCUGGUCAAUAGUCACUGCUGUGAUUAGGGAAAUUCAAAAGGUGAAGUCACAGAACCUGAGUGAAACUACAAAAGACAUGCCUCCAGAUUUAUCAAGAGCCACAUCUGAAGAGAUUACUUUUUCUGAAGACCAUAAAUCAUCACCCCCAUCAUCAACACCUAUCUCAGAGAUGAGACAUAGUAAAUACCAGCUAAACGCCAACACUACUGGUCUACAGAGAAAAUACAGAAGUCUUCUUCGCAAAAGGCAGACAAUGACAUCCAGUGGCAAAGUCUGUCCUGCCGUUAGGGAGUCCUCCCAGAAAGUGAUCCAAGUCCGGGACUUGUACCAGUGGGUUCUAAAUAUCCCCAACAAAAACUUACAAAUGUCCUUUCACGAGGUUCUAGUGGAUUUAAGCUCAAAGAAUGAGCGUGGUCUAUAUGAAGCUCGAGUGAAAGCUGUAGUGGGAGGACGUCCCGUGACCUUCUACAGUCUGGUUGGGCUGGACAGCGAGUCUUUUUACCGCAGCGUUCCCAGGAUCAUCUCUGUGGCGCUCGAAGGCCUCAAGACUUAG